GAGGUCCCCGGGGCUAAACUCGCAGGGCUGUUUCCCACUCCUAUCAGAAGCUCCCCGUGGGUAGGGCAGCUGGAGUUUGUGGGUAGAACCCAGCAUGCGCGGAGCGUGCCGGGUAGAAGUCUGGUUAAUGGCUGGCCCAGAAGAUUUAAGCAGCAGGGUGAUGGGCCACAGUUCUUGCUUUCUCCUGGAUCUCUGCUGGCGCGGCCCCCUGGGAAAGGCCGGCGAAGCCCCGGAGCCUCCCUAGACCGGCCUCCAUCUAUUACAGGGGCCCGUUAGCUGGAAGCGCCUGGGUCCCACUCCUGGGCCGUAAGAAGUCCGGGGUUUUCACUCUCCUAGCCACGGACGAGGCGGCGGCGCUUCCCGUCCAACAGAGGGAACGCCGGCCCCAGAGCGAGCGGAAGCGGCGGCGCCCGAGUCACAUGGUGGCGGAGCAGGAACGUGGCAAGGGGCGGGCCGGAGGCAGAGCGUGCGGCGUCCUGGGCUCCACUGAAUGGGCAGCCGCGGCGGAGGCAGGGGCAGAGGCAGAGGCAUGAAGUGAGCUGCGCCGCGGGGACUGAGGCCGCAGCCAGUGCUGCCUCUUCCCGGUAGCGCGUGGAGGCGCUGGGCGGUGAGGAGGGGGAGGGACGCGGGCCGGAGAGGAGCUGCUGCUGCUGCUGCUGCCCUUGGGCCACGGUGCCCUGAGCUGGGCGAUCAUGGCAUCUCUGGUGCACAUGCUCCAGGAGAAUGGGCGCAUAGCGGCCGGGCUCCUGCUCAACCUGCUGGUGUCCAUUUGCAUCGUCUUCCUGAAUAAGUGGAUCUAUGUGCACCACGGCUUCCCCAACAUGAGCCUGACCCUGGUGCACUUCGUGGUGACCGGGCUGGGCUUGUACAUUUGUCAGAAACUGGACAUUUUUGCCCCUAAGAGCCUGCAGCCGUCCCGGCUGCUGCUCCUGGCCCUCAGCUUCUGUGGCUUCGUGGUCUUCACCAACCUCUCUCUCCAGAACAACACAAUAGGCACCUAUCAGUUGGCCAAGGCCAUGACCACCCCCGUGAUCAUAGCCAUCCAGACCCUGUUCUACAAGAAAACCUUCUCUGCCAAAAUCCAGCUCACCCUGAUUCCUAUAACUUUAGGUGUCGUCCUAAAUUCUUAUUAUGAUGUGAAGUUUAAUUUUCUUGGAAUGGUGUUUGCUGCCCUCGGGGUCGUAGUGACAUCCCUUUAUCAAGUGUGGGUCGGAGCCAAGCAGCACGAGCUGCAGGUGAACUCCAUGCAGCUGCUCUACUACCAGGCCCCGAUGUCGUCGGCCAUGCUGCUCCUGGUGGUGCCCUUCUUCGAGCCCGUGCUUGGCCAAGGCGGCAUCCUGGGGCCCUGGUCCUUUCCUGCCCUGCUCAUGGUGCUGCUCUCUGGAGUCAUAGCCUUUCUGGUCAAUUUAUCCAUAUACUGGAUCAUUGGAAAUACUUCUCCAGUCACGUAUAACAUGUUUGGACACUUCAAAUUCUGCAUUACUUUAUUUGGAGGAUAUGUUCUAUUUAAGGAUCCACUAUCAGUUAACCAGGGACUUGGCAUUUUAUGCACAUUAUUUGGCAUUCUAGCCUAUACUCAUUUUAAACUUAGUGAACAAGAAGGCAACAGGAGCAAAUUGGUACAACGUCCUUGAGGGAGUUUUCAUAAAGAAAAUAUAAUCGCCUCAGACUAAUGAAAAAUGUUGGCAAGUGUGCACUGAUCUUUUUAUAAUAAGCAAAAAAUUAAUUUAAAAAUCUGCCAUAAUAAGCUACCCGGAUAGUGAAAUAAAGUGUAUUUUUUACAUGUUAAAACUGAUUUUCAAUUGCUAAGUGAUUAUUUUCUUAAACAAAGGUGGCCCACACUGAGUCUUAGAUGUCAGCUUUCUGAUCAUAAAGGAAGCUAGCUUCAUCCAAAUGAGUAAUCAGAAUUAAAAUUGUUCUAAUAACACAAAAGACAUUUUUACUAGUGCCAUACAAAAAUAGGACUAUUUUCUAGAAUGUAAGAUUUCAUUUAAAUACAUAUGUAUUAUCACUGGUAAUUUCUCAUUAGUUGGCAUAUAUAUUAUUGCUUUUAGCAAAAUCUUAAACUCUUAUGGAAUUUGGAAUUCCAUUGGAUUUGGCAUAACUUCAGGAUUGUUUUAUUUACAGAAAUCAGACUGAGAAUGAAAUACAAAAGAUGGUUAAGAUAAAUGGUUUCACAUUUAUUUUUAUGGAGGGAAAAGGUAAUACAAAGGAAGGUUAAAUUGUCCAGAAGCUGAAACCUUCUAUUGUCUUGUGUGGGGCUUUUUAAUCACACUCUUGGUCCAGUGAAACAAACAUACUUUUUAGACUCAGAGACCGAUGUCAUCCAAGCUCUAAAUGGAAAUGGGCCAAGUGAAUUAUGGAAAUAACUAUAAUAAUGAUGAUGACUGUAAUGAUAUCGGGCAGAAUUUGUAGUGGUUUUUCCUCCUUCUUGGCAAGCUAAACACCAAGCAUUUCAGAGCUGUAGCUUUGGAUGCAGCAGAUUGGGAUUGCUUAGGUUCCAAGAGCCCCCAUUUCCUUUUGGCAAUUAAGAUCAGUGCAAACUAUAUACCCAGCCUAACAAAGAUGACAAAGAAUCCAAAGAAACAAGUUGAGGUAGAAACUGAAAUCUCAGGAAUAUCUAGGAAGAAAGAUUGGAAAAAGGACAAUUUGACUUGGAAAAUAAUUUACAUUGUAAUUCUUUUCCAUGACAACUUUUGAUGGACUUUUUUUUAAGGCAGAAUUGGAUCUUCUUGGAGGAAAAAAAGGCCAGUAAGAAUGAUUGUUAUAUUAAAAAAAAAAUAUUGUGCCAUGUACUUAGGAUAGUUUAUUAUCUAUACUCCUUGAAAUUGUUACCCAUACUCUUGAGCUUUGUAGAAUGUUUUAAGCUAUUAAAUGGCACUAAGACUUUUUGGGCACCUUGUCUGAGGUAGCUGAAUGAUAGUAACUGUCUCACAAUAAAGGAACUUGGUUAGUUAUUUUCUUCUAUAAGAAUUAUGUUCCUAAGUACUGCUGGUUGUUUUUAAAUUUUAUUUUUUCUAAUUAUGUCUGCUCUCCCCUCCAUGGGAAGUAAUUUGAGAUAGUCUAUACUUAUUAAGGACUGUUAUUUAUUUAAUUUUUUAGUUAUUCAUUUUGUAAUAGUCAUCUUUUAAAACUAAGCCCCCAUUUAAACAAAUGACAUGUUUUCUUCUGGAUUUCUCCUCCCACAGUUCUUUCUCUCAAUGUUAGAGCAUUCUUGUUCCUAAAUAUCUCAGCACUGAAAGACGGUUAUAUUUGAGAGGCCAUGGGGCACUGUGGAUAAAGGAAGGCCUUGACCAAGGCCUAGUUUGAUAACCUGCUCUUGAUGCAUCCUAGAUGCCUGGGACCAUGGGCAGGUCACAACCUCCAGAGGCAGCUCUUGGAUUCUGGAUCUGCUUCUGAGGAGGGAGGGAACUUGCAUUCCAGGUGUUCUCUUCACUGAAGAAAUUUUAAAAAAAAGAUGCUUUGUCUGUUUUGUGUAUCAGCAGCAAUUUUGUGGGACCAAGGGCUCCCUGAAGGACAGUCUGUUCUGGACUCACUGGAACUGUGUGGCCUCUCUUCUAAUCUAUUUUGAUAGCUUUUAAGCCUCAAGUCUAUUCGGGUGUUUAUCUUUGUAUUUUUAAAACAUUCUUUGGUUUUCUCUAUUUUAUAGAACUGUUUAAUUGUAUUAAGAAUGAUAAAGCAAUUUGUACAGACCUCUGUUUGGCCUAAGUUUGAUUUUACAUAGACCAAGUGAAAAUAAAGAUAAGCUCCAGGUGAGUGUUUUUGGAGCAGUGAGGCACACUCUAGGCACUGGUGUGUGCUAGGCACAAACUCUUUAUCCUAAUCCUAAGUAAAUUCUAAAAAAUAAAUAAAAUGGGGCUUUGGGGGGUUAGGAAAGGGCUACCACCAAAGUCUCUGCAGCAAGAAGGGGGGCCAGAGGUGUGCUAUCUGUGAAUCUUACAGAGAUUAGAUAAGAACCACAAGAGGAGAAUGUUUUCUGUACAGAAGAUAAUCUGAGUAGCACAAAGAUAGAAGACAAGCACAAAGGUGAGAUGUUUGAAGACUGCAACAGGAGCACUGGCCACCUUCCCAUCCUGCCUCACAAACCAGCUGAGUGACUUCACAUUUUUGGGCCUGGGCGCCACCCUCUUCCAUUGUUGUGAGGUGAGAAAACAUGGGGAAAAGGCUCUGCAGCCCUCCACAUGGAUAUUGGGAUUUGGCUGGAUUGAGGGGACCAAAGUCAUCUUUGAUCACAAGCCAAGCUGCUUCGGGUUCUACUUGAGGAGGAAAGCUGGAGGCAUUUCCUUGAAUUUGAGGACGUUGGAUGACCCUGAAGAUCCCCUCCAUGUCUAGGUCAGAGCCUGUUGCUUUGUGUCAUGCAUGUCAUCUAAUGGGACUUUGCAUAGUUUCUGGAUAGGUCCAGUUUAGUCAAAUAAAAUUCUUGUCUUCGUAUUGAAGUCAUAUUUCCUGGAAAGAGAACACCCACUCCCCACCCCUGUUGUCCCCAAAGUGCAUUCUUGGUUGUAGGGAGAGUUUUGGUGGGCACUGGCCAAAGUCUGGGGUGGCAGCCAAUGAGCGUCCAUCUGUCCAUGCCUGCUAGCUGCUGCCAGAUUACCAGAGUCCUUCAUUUCAUCAUAUCUAUCUUUUGUGAAUUUUAAAAUCUCCAUCUUGCUUUGUUUAGCACCCAAAAAUUGUGCACACCCACACUACAUGGGCAUGUGCUAGUCAAUGACAAAUCAGAGAUAACUAACUGCCCACCUGGGCUGUCCUAAGCCAAGCUGGAGUCACCAUUGGCACUUGAGAGGCACAGGAAGUGAGGUAGGGAACAGCCUCUGGAAUUCGCGCACUUCCUGUGGACAGGGCUAGGAGCUUGAGUGGAGAGGAGGCCCACAGACACGUGAGUCAAGGACUGAUUCUCUUUUCUACCUUGGCCUUCGGGCCUAAACUCCCUCUGGCUCUGCCAGAAGGUUGAGUUAACCUUUUUCCCAUUUCUCUUCUUUCCUUCUCUCCGUCUCCUUUUUUUUUACUCCUGUUGUGAUUAAACCACCAUAAACUCCA